UACAACCAAUACACCUUUCUGCAAUCACCAACCGGCCAUAUUGAUCUCGCAUUUCUUUCUUUUAUUUCCAUUCUUUUCAUUCUUUUAACACCCCCAUCGCAGAUCAAGUACUAGGUAUUACACAAAAUGGCGCAUCAGGUCCAUCCUACCGACUCGGCUUGGUUAGCCAAGAAGGCGGAGAUAGACGAAUGGUUUAAAGACUGUAGCACAGCCCCCAGGACGCGUGUGGCCUAUCUACAGUCUGCCCAUGCUUCCGGGAAAAGUACGACGUUCCUGAAGUACUUGAUCGAGAAUUCGUACGCAGCGGAACCUUGCUACUUUAUCUACGUCGCGGCUCGUGUCGAUGAGUUGAAUUCGGCGAGGAAUUAUCUAGUCCGCAACCUCCCUCGGCGAAUUCUCUCAGACAUCUCCUGGGACUUUGAGGACGAGGAGCGGCCCUGGCAACUCACUACGUACGAUCACUACGUGAGCUGGAACGACAUGUUGGGCGAGGAACUUUAUCCCGAUCGCGUAAAUAUGAUCGUCGACGUGGAGUUGCUAGCGUCGGUGGCGAGCGAGUUAUUCUUCGCGAAGCUGCUAGACCGCGCGCGUUGGACGCGCGAGGAGCCCCCGGUCGUCGCCAACAUCUUCCUGAUGUCGCCGCAUCGAUCGGAGAGGACGAUCUCGGCCUUCCGCCGGCACGUGGGUGAUGUCGCGGAGAUCAAUGUCCCGGAUAUCAAUCCGCAACUGACGCUCGAGGUGGUGAAGAGUCACGAGUUCCCUGGCGUGGUCUUGGCGGCCGCCGCCGAUUGUUUGGAGCAGGACGAGGAGUCCAGGGUCGUCGUCAUCGCGCACGACACUCAAUUCUUCGACGACGCCGUCGGCAUUCGCCAGAUCAAGCGCUGGAAGCACCCCGGGUUGGAUGAAUCUCUCUGCGCCAGACAGAUUUCGGUGGAUUCCGAGGCCGGCUUAUCGGCGCAAGUAUCGAAACUACGUGUCCUAGCAUUCGAUUAUAUGUCGGAGUCGACGGUGCUCGAUACCGCGUCUGGCCACACGGUAAAGGCGGAAAGGUAUUUGGACCGCGACGAGGUCGAGCGCGCUCUGUCCUGGGCCCUGAAGACCGAGGAACCGCACGAGGUCCGUAUCAUCACAAACCUGAGUCCGGCGAUCCGCGACCAGAUGCCCCGAUCCGACGAGCGUCAUGACCCGGCUUGGAACGAGGACCUACCGUUUCUUAUCCUGACCUUGCUUGAGACCUUCCGAGAUCGACCUCUGAAGGAUCUGCUGAUGCGCCGCGCCCCCGACGAUUUCGCAUUCACAGAAAUGCUCCUCAGGUUAGAGAUGAGCCAGUUGGUGAUCCAGAAGAAUGAUUUGGGGAUCUGGGCGUUGACCAAGGUUGGGAUGGAGGCCUAUCUCCUGAUGGUCCACUCGCUGAUCGAACCCGCGUUCGAGGCUCCCGUCGACAUUUACGUCGCCAACCUCCUAGCGAGGGUUACCUUCGAGGAAGAUGUGAAGGUCAAGCGCGUCCUCAUCCGCAUGGCGGCUAUCGCGCUCGUAGAAAUCCCCAGCCUAUGCAACCCCUCACGUCCGCGCAGCUCCGUAUCGCUGCAUGAUCUACGCCAACAGUGCGCCGGAAUCGGCCACGAACAGUGCUGGAAGGGCGGCCUCUGGGCAGCUCUAGGCGUAUACCUGGCCUCGUCGGAGCGCAACAUAUUUGGUCCCGGCCGCGGCGAAGAGAUAAGCGGGCCCUUGCGCGUUAACUGUGGCGUCGGUUGGAAAGUUGCCGAGUUGGUGGCUUUCCUAGACGACCGUCUCAAGGUGCGCCCGGCUGCGAACCAAAUCAUGUCAACGUGGCUCGACGACGAACAGGUAGCCGUGGUCGAAACCCAUCUGGCAAGAUCAUGGUUCUACAGAGCCGUCGCGGCGCCCUGUGGCAGGGAUCGAGCGAUAUACGAUGUAGCAUCCAGCCUCCAGGUCAACGUAGACCAGAACUCCGAGCUUCUCUACCUGGAAGGCGUGAGGCGAGAUGAUCGGGAAGCCGGUCAUAUCUUCGCCAUCUACGGAUCGCUCAGAGGUCGCGGCCCGGAGGAUUUGGAGGUUUCUAGCCUAACCUAUAUUCCUCGUCACAUCCUGAAGGCACUGGACAGCGAGGCACGUCCCGGCUGGGCAGAUGCGAUCGCGACCACUUACCCCAUGCACUAAGGGGGGAAGGGGGGGAAGGGGGGCUGAUGAUGUAGGUAGAGAACGGAUCAAUAGAGAAUUGCUAUUACGA